CACUAGCAGGGAUUUUACACAGCAACUCAGGACGAACGAAAUGAGCUGCCCCAGAGCCGCUACAAAAUGCUGGAUGGACAUCUACUCCUGGGAUGGUUAUCAUUCACUUUUAUAGUGCAUCUCAUCGGCUUGCCUGGACCGAGCACAGCCUACUUCGGGCUGACAGGUAAGGAACCCCUGUCCAUUCUGCCCCUGAGCACACAGCCAGAUGAAAGGGCGGCCAAGGCGCACUACAAGCUCUGUGACCGACUCAAGCUAGAGAAGAAGCAGCGUAGAAUGUGCAGACGGGACCCCGGUGUGGCCGAGACUCUUAUAGAGGCCAUCAGCAUGAGCGCGUUAGAGUGCCAGUACCAGUUUCGCUUCGAGAGGUGGAACUGUACUUUAGAGGGCCGUUACAGAGGUGACAUUUUAAAGAGAGGGUUCAAGGAGACAGCGUUCCUCUACGCCAUCUCUUCAGCAGGCCUUACCCAUGCCAUGGCGAAAGCCUGCAGCGCCGGCCGCAUGGAGCGCUGCACCUGUGACGAAGCUCCAGAUCUGGAGAACCGCAAAGCCUGGCAGUGGGGUGGCUGUGGAGACAACCUUAAGUACAGCAACAAAUUUGUCAAAGACUUCCUGGGUAAGAGAUCCAACAAGGAUCUCCGUGCCCGGAUAGACAUGCACAACAGCAAUGUAGGAAUGAAGGUGAUCAAGGCGGGGGUAGAGACCACCUGCAAAUGUCACGGAGUCUCGGGCUCGUGCACCGUGCAGACCUGCUGGAGGCAGCUGGCGCCCUUUCACGAGAUCGGCAAGCAGCUCAAGCAACGCUACGAGACUUCCGUCAAAGUGGUCAGCUCCACCAACGAAGCGACCGGGGAGGGGGAAAUUUCCCAGAGCCGACCCCAGGGGCCACACCCCUCUCCGGACCCCAUUCCCCGCACCACUGAUCUUCUUCACAUCGAGGACUCGCCGAGCUUUUGCAGGCCCAGCAAGUAUUCGGCUGGAACGGCGGCGCGCAAGUGCUACAAGGAUAAGAACUGUGAGGCCAUCUGCUGCGGCAGGGGCCACAACACUCAAAGCAGAGUGGUGACGAGACCGUGCCAGUGCCAAGUACGCUGGUGCUGCUAUGUCGAAUGCAAACAGUGCACUCAAAGAGAAGAGGUUUACACCUGUAAAGGGUAAAAACCGUGACAACCAUGCAGAAUAACUCUGACCUGUCUGAGAACAGUCGAGAGAGAGACGGUGAAGUGGAUCGGGAGAAGAAGUGACAUGCUGGUUCGUUUGUCCUUGGAGAGAGGUCUCGAACGCAUCAAGCUAGUUUAAGAUGAAAGCACUUUUUCAAGAGGUGUUGCAGGGCGUUUUCUUCUCUGUGGAACAGUGUGAAGGCUGUAUAAUAUACUGUACUGUAUGUAGCCUAAGGGAAGUCCACAGCUAUGAAAGACACUUUGGAACUAGACAAAACACUUUACCGUGUAACUCUAAGCCUGCCAAGAUAUCAAUCAGCGAUUCGAUUCAGUCCUGGGCAGACAAUUGUUUGUCCAACAGUCUCUGAAUAAUAGCUUGAAAACGUUUCAAGCUGUAUGUGUGAGAAUAUGCGUUAGUAUAGGAGUUAAGGAGACUCAAUUUGCAUUGACGAAAUGAUGGUGUCAGAUUUAUUCUACAUGCACAUAUAUUCAACACCCACACAACGUGUGUGUAUACAUAUGUACAUAGAUAAAAUUACAUUAUAUUUGUAUUAUAUAUACGCACCACUUAUCUGAGUAUGUUAAAUAACCACUAACCACACAAAUGUUUUAUUGUUUGUGUGCUCGCGUUGACUUUGCGUUGUAAUUCUCUUCGACAAGGCCCUUCGGAAAGCAAUACUUUUGAUUUGUGUCCUUCUGUGGAUGUAAUUUAUGAACAUUUUGAGGACUAUUCCUUUGCAAAGGAACAAAAAUGAUUUGCUUUUCUUCUCGUUUUCUUUUCUCUUUUUUUUUGCUCAACAGUGAAAACCUUUGCCAGUCCUUAUAAGAUUUAUUUCCGCCUUAAAUGAACUCUACAGAUGGCUGUUCAGGGAAUAAGUAAAACCACUAUGCGCAAUCGGAUGGUAAAGAAAUCUAUGAGAUAUCACAAGCGGGAGUAUUUCUCUCCUUGAUUUGGGCUUACACCUGACAACAAAUCUGUCCAUCCUCAUUACAAGCUGCAGAUUCAUUGCUGUAAUUGUUGCGGCAGCGCUAUUCAUCAGUAUUUUACAGUACGGUAUGGCCACUGUAUUUACAAUGAAGAGAUGGGAAUAAUCACGGUAGCAAACGUGAGCCACAUGUGAGUCUGCAUUGGACAGAGCUGACAUACUUUUGAUCUUUUGGGGAAGAAAAUGAAUCUCCAGCCGAUAUUGAUGCUGGUGGAUUUGAUGUUGAGAAUUGAUGGUGGAUGGCAGUCGACGUUCAUGCUUAACUGUGGUUCUUUACUCUCACAUUGUUAAUCAGAAAAAAGGUUUUUGAUGAUGAACCCAACUGACUUGGACGUACAUCUAGGCCUGUCAGUAAGUGGUUCUGUUUCAAUUCUACAGUUAUAUCCUUCGGUCAAGAUUGGCUUAUAUAUUUAUGUCCAUACUGAUAUGUUCGUUUUGUAAAAUAGCAACACUGAAAUUCGCUAACUCUGAAAAUGAUUUUAAAUGACAGCUAGCUGCUGUUUGACCAAACGACAGGAUCUACAUUUCGGAUCGGACUUUUAGUCACUUAAAGCUGACUCUGCCAACUUAGUGGUGACAAUGUAUGACUUUUGUAUUCAGAUCGCCUGACUCUUUUGAUAGUUACAUAGUGUAAAUACAAAUAUAAAUAUAUAUGAACAUAUGACAAAAGUAUAAGAAUGAAUUAUAUAUGCUUUUAGUCGAGUGUGAAUGAACUACUGAGUGAGGGACCUACAAAGAGCAAAAUGGCACCAUUCACGCACUGAAGCUUGGACGCUCUCCUAUUAAGUAUUUAAGGACAUGUAUUUAUGAAUAUAUAUAUAUAAAUAUCAUUUUCAUUUGUAAAUAGCUAAGGUUAUGUUCCUGUGGCAAACAGACAGAGCAUGCAUACGGGCGAUUUGGACAGACGUUUCCAGAAUGUUUCAAUGUAAGCCUAACUAUCCGUGUAGAGGUACGCUGUUAAGUAAGUUCAGUCGAAAUUAAUCAGCUCUGACAUGAGUUAGUAAAUACAGGAUCAGAUGUAACAAAAUUAUCCCCAGUAGGUACACGUACAUUGCCAAAACAUCUGUGUAAGUGUGUAUCCUCUACAAGGAUCGCAUUAUAUUUUAAGUGUAUACACAAUCUGAUAAACAUUAUUGAUAGAGCAAAUUCACAUGCAAUCUGAACUGCAAAUGUUGCAAAAACAUCUGGUGAACAUCGUUGUAUGACCCUACAGAGAACACAUGGCGUACACUGCAAAUUAUUUUCAAGAAAAAAAAUCUUAGUAUUUUUGUCUUGUUUUCAGUAAAAAUAUCUAAAAAGUCUUAAAUUAAGAUGCUUUUUCUUAAUG